UACAACCAUUCAUUUAGUGACUGUUCGAACGGAAACAAGUGAGUUAUGACCAUUUUUCAUCCUUAUGAACGUUGCAGGGUCCCCAGGGUCCCGUGAUCAAAAUGGCAUGCCUUUAAGAUGGCUGCAACAUCCCGGAAUCAGAUGAUCCCCUUUGUGACCUUCUGACAAGCGAGUUGUUAACAACCCAGUUACUAACCUAACAACUGCAGCGACUCCCUUAACAACUGUGGCAAGAAAGGUCAUAAAAUGAGGCAAAACUCACUUAACAACUGCCUCGCUUAGCAACAGUCAUUUUGGGCUCGUAAAUUUUGUGGUCAUAAGGCGAGGACUGCCUGUAUGUGCCCAGUUGAUUUUGUUCAAGGAGGAAGGGUUCGUUCUCCGGCCUGCUGCUUCUCUCCGGGCUCCCUCCCUUCCGAAUCAUACGGGCCCUUGAAUGCUGCUGGCAAUAUUUGGCGACCAGAAACCAACUCCUUGUUUUCUUCAGCCAAACUCAGCCGUGGCUUUCUGGAGAGUGACGUCCUUUCUCAUCAGGCUUCUGGUGUGGUUUUUGGCCCCUUGUCUGGCGCCAGCUCAGAUACCUGCCACGACUUGCAAUCUUGGGGAGACGAGGGUCCUCCCGAUGAACCUUCUGUGCUGUUGCCUGCCCUGCUUGGUUAUCAAUAUGCUGCUGAUUCCCAUUCCUUCUGUCGCUGGAAAAUGUUUGCAGAGAGGUUGAUUCUCUGGGCCUGGGCCAGGGGGGCCUCACAGUGCCUGGCGUGAGAAUCCCUCACUGGCCUCCAGCCGGCCUCGGCUGGACAAGAAGGCAUUCUUUGGCCCUGGGAGUGCCGCAUGCGUUACCGGGUCUUGCACGCCUGCCCAGAACCAGCCAGGCUGUCAUUUACUGCAGUGCAGCGUUGAGGCGAGAAUUGUCUCCCCUCCUCCUGGCCAGCCAGCCUCACUCACCUCCAGCCCGGCUUUAGGGGAGAGAUGCCUGCAGCUGGCCAGACGAGCCGCUGCUGACCGUGGGGCUUCCCUCUCGCCCCAGACUCUUCCGAGAAGCAGCCCAGCUCCCAUGGCAGCCCCCCGGCUGAAGCGGGGCCGGCGCACGUGUGUGUGGGGGAGAGGAGCAUUUGCUUGUCUCUGCAGAAGGAUGUGACCCGGUACCUGUUUGUUUGCACUAGUUGAGACCAUCCUAAGAACAAGAGGCAAGGCCAGUCGGAGGACAGACCUGCAGGAGAACUUGGGAGCCGUGACUGCGCCUCCUCCUUGCCUCCCCCUCCUUUCCCGCUGCCGGAGCCAGGGGGGGAAAGAAGCAAGAGAGAGAGAGAGAGGAACUGAGUCUCAGCCUGACAGCCCAGGAUGUGUCAGUCAAGCGCCCUGCAGGGACCAGAGCUGCACUCAGGGAAAUGGUUGCAAUUUCCCCAGCUGGCCCUGAGGCGGAGGUUGGGCCAGCUGAGCUGUAUGUCUAGGCCUGCUCUGAGACUCCGUUCUUGGCCUCUGACUAUUCUCUAUUAUCUCCUGCCUUUCGGUGCUCUUAAACCUUUGACCAGAGUGAGAUGGAGGCCUGUGAGCCGGGUCUCCUUGUACAAGUCGGUGCCAACCCGCCUGCUCUCCCGUGCGUGGGGCCGGCUGAACAACGUGGAGCUGCCCACCUGGCUUCGGAAGCCCGUCCUCAGCCUCUACAUCUGGACCUUUGGGGUGAACAUGAAGGAGGCGGCCGUGGAGGACCUCCAUCACUACCGCAACCUGAGUGAAUUUUUCCGACGGAAGCUGAAGCCCCAGGCACGGCCCGUCUGCGACCGGCACAGCGUGGUCAGCCCUUCGGAUGGGAAGAUCCUCAGUUUUGGGCAAGUGAAGAACUGUGAAGUGGAGCAAGUCAAAGGCAUCACUUACUCUCUUGAGUCCUUCCUGGGUCCCCAUGCCAAUCACGACAGCUGCCAAAAUAAUCCAACCUCCUGUUGCGACUCCUUCCAAAAACAGCUGGUCACAAAAGACACCAACGAGCUCGUCCAUUGUGUGAUUUACCUGGCCCCCGGAGACUACCACUGCUUCCACUCGCCCACCGACUGGAAGGUCUCUCAUCGGCGUCACUUCCCAGGUGCCCUGAUGUCUGUGAACCCUGGCGUAGCACGUUGGAUCAAAGAACUCUUCUGCCAUAACGAGCGAGUCGUCCUGUCGGGCUACUGGAAACACGGCUUCUUUUCCCUGACAGCAGUGGGCGCUCAGAACGUGGGAUCCAUCCGCGUUUACUGCGAUCAGAAGCUGCAGACCAACAGCCCUCGCUACAGCAAAGGAUCCUACAACGAUUUCAGCUUUGUAACCGGCAAGAACGACGAAGGCGUUCCGAUGAGGAAAGGAGAACAUUUAGGCGAAUUUAAUUUAGGCUCCACCAUUGUUCUGAUCUUCGAGGCGCCCAAAGACUUUAACUUCUACUUGAAGCCUGGCCAGAAGAUACGCUUUGGGGAGGCUUUGGGGUCCCUCUAAGGUCUCCGUGGUCAGAGGGGAGGGGCUUUCCUGUGGACAGGGACUCCGUUCAUACAAGGAAGCCUUCUGAAUGGUGGAGUAUUGCUCAGCAGGACCUGAGUGCAGAGAACGAGUCCUUAGCCUUAACCUGGGGGUGCCGGGCUAGUCUCCUCGGGAGGGUUGCGGAUUGGUCGGGGACUGUGGCCUUCAUGGAUGUUGACCGGGUGGCUUUUCUUCCCUCUGGGCUCCGGAGUUUCUUCCUCUGGCUCCACGUGCAGUGCAGUGAAGAGGAAGAGGAAAGGUAGAAGGAAGCUCUCUUCUUUAAAGGGACAGCAUCCAACUGGCCUCAUUAACCCUCAAAUUCAAAUUAUCCACACCAAUUUUUCAAUCCAAUCCUAGCGAAGGGGGAGGGCUAAGCAGAAAAAAUGCAGCUUGGAAUCCAAUUAAGAAACCUGCUAAAAACCUCGUCGUCUCCCUUUAAAGCAGAGGUUUGUGCUCUGUCUGAGCCCCCAACAUUGUGUCUGUGUUCAGCACUUCACCUGAGGUGGCUUUGGAUCGGGGGAGCCGAGCAGACCUCUUCCUCUAGCUGACUCCAACUUCCGAAACUAUCUUGCUGUGCUGGGCCUUCCCUUUUUCUGUGUUGCCCAGGGGAUAUCAGAUGCUGUCUCAAGAACCUGACUUGCAAAAACACACACCAGCCCCACUACAAGGGAUUCCCUGUGUGCAGGGAAGUGGCAAGGUGGGCUCUGCCCAGGAUUACUUAAAAAACAUCAUUAGGAACAUUGAAUAAUUCUCAUGUCUUCCCCCAUGUAUUCACUUCAAGUUCUCUGCUGGAGCUGUUCCAAGAAUGAGGCCGAGGAAGAAUCAAAAUUGAUCACUAUAAAUUCUCCAAUUUGCCCUAAAAUAUCUUUUAUGGGCUUCAGACUUUGGGGUUAUGGCCAUAGAAAAAAAGGAGAGCUGUCUCUCCCUUGUUUCCAUGGCCAGUAGUUUUCAGAGACAAACUGCUGUAGCUAAAUGUAGAGCAGAACUUGAUCAGACACGUCCUGUGUGUGACGCUGCAUACCUAUGAUAAGGGCCUUUUUCUGUGGCUGCGAGGAAUGAAAAGCAGAAAGUGGUCCUUUGUGAUCCCUUCCUUCCUUCCUUCCUUCCUCCCCUUCCUUCCCACAAGGCAGAAGCAAAGUUCUUAACCAGAAAACAGCUCCUCCAACAUCAUCCUGUGCUCUGCUGCCCUACCGCCCCAGGAAGUCACUAGGAGCCACACGAUAGACAGCCGUGCCUUGCUCUAUCAGUGGAGAGGAAUUGUUGCUUCUCUUUGCUAGCACUGCAGUCCGACUCUGAGCCUUCCGUUUCCCUGUUGCUCUGUUCUGCUGUACAGGAGCCCCUUCGCUUGGUCUCCGUCAGAAGGUGGUUCUGGACCAGGUCCUGUGAAACUCUGGGCUCGGGGGGGGGGUGUCACACAAACCCUAAACAGAUGGGAGUGGGUUUCUUGGUGACGCUGUGAAUUUCUCCAACAUGGAGAAUCCUUUUAUUUUUCAACUGUAUCAGUAGCACAGUAUUUUUGUAUGUCAAAAUGUACAACUUAAGACAUUAACUCAUGGCAAAUGUUUUAAAAUAAAAAUGAGAACUGACCAUG